CUGUGGUCGUGUGUUCGAAUUGCGAAUCGUAUGAAGUUAGCUUCAGUUUAUUCCACAAAGUACCUACUAACAUAAAACUUAAUUGUAUUUUAGUUUGUGUUUACGAGGAAUCUUUCCUACACGGUACACUACAUAACAGUGUAUUAUUUUAUUAACUAUCAUUACUUGAUUGAAGUCUUAAAACUAUAACACGCAAACUAAGCGCCGAUAUUAUAAUUCAUGUUCCUUAAAGUGCAGUGCGAGUUUUACGAAGGUAGUGGAAUAAUGAAGAGUAGUGUAUUUAUCGCUUUGUAGCGAUGAGUGAAUUGAAUUGAGUGCUAUUUUCAUAAAAUUCAUGGUGUUUCCGAUAUUGUCAGUGUCGUUUGUAAAUUAUAGUUCGAAUCAUAGGGUCCACAACCGAGCAGACGGAUUCUACCAUGGUCGUAAAACGUGCUGCGGACAGUGCGGAUUCACCAAUACUGGAGGAGGCUGGCGAGAGUGGCUCGGAACAAAAGCCGAAGCCCCUCGUCAAAUAUGGCGAACUCGUCAUACUCGGAUACAACGGGUUCCUUCCAGCGGGCGAGCGUGGGCGUCGCCGCAGCAAGUUCGUGCUAUACAGACGCCCAGCGGCGAACGGCGUGCGUCGCUCGAAGCACUAUGUCGUGAAGACACCGCACAGCAGCAAAGCUAUCCUCGACGCGAGCCAGCACUCCAUCUCGUACACACUCAGCCGCAGUCAGGCUGUCAUAGUCGAGUACACGGAGGAUCCUGACACAGAUAUGUUUCAGAUCGGUAGAUCAUCAGAAUCUCCAAUCGACUUCGUAGUGAUGGACACAGUGGCCGGUGACAAAACCGGCGAGACAAAAGUACUGCAGAGUACGAUAUCGCGGUUCGCGUGUAGAAUCCUCUCGGAUAGAAACGACGUCAAUAACUGCCGCAUCUACGCCGCCGGCUUCGACUCUUCCAGGAACAUAUUCCUUGGUGAGAAGGCGACAAAAUGGACGGAGAACCACGAAAUAGACGGGUUAACGACAAACGGUGUACUGAUCAUGCAUCCACGCGGUGACUUCUGCGGUGGAAGCGCCACCUGUGGGCCGUGGCGUGAGACUUCGGUUGGAGGGGCUGUAUUCUCUUUACGGGAGAGCCGGUCGGCACAACAAAAGGGUUUGCCGUGUCAAGCAGAGACCAAUGUCCUAAGAGACGGAACGAUGGUAGACUUAUGUGGAGCUACACUUCUAUGGAGAAGCGCUGAAGGCCUUAAAAAUUCACCGACAAAGCGCGACCUAGAGGCUCUGGUGGACGAAUUAAACGCGGGAAGGCCCCAGUGCCCCGUCGGCCUCAACACACUGGUAAUUCCUCGCAAGCUGUCCUCCGCACAUCAGGACUUGAACCAGCCCUACGUGUAUCUCAACUGUGGACAUGUUCAAGGUGAACACUCGUGGGGCGCUGAUGGCAGCGAAACAGGAUCCCGGCGGUGUCCAAUGUGUCUGACAGCGGGGUCCGUGGUGCGCGUGUGUAUGGGCAUCGAGCCCGCCUUCUACGUGGACUCGGGCCCGCCAACCUACGCCUUCAACCCGUGCGGCCACAUGGCUUCAGAGCGGACUGUCAAAUACUGGGCGAGUGUAGACAUACCGCACGGCACAAACGGCUUCCACGCGAUCUGUCCGUUCUGCGCUUCGCCGCUGCAGGGCACGCCGGGCUACGUGCGACUUAUCUUCCAGGACAACCUUGACUGAAUCUCGCCCUCUCGCUCGCACGCACAGGAUCACUCGGCCGUGGCUUGCGUUAGGUGCAAAAGUGACAACAACAAGGUGAUACAAGAAACACAUAAAUCGACAUGUAGGCAGUCAAUGCUUUGUGUUAAUGCGCUUUAUUUUACACGUUUUAACGUGUAUAACGUUCCCCACACCUCUGUGUACGAGUAUCGACGAGUUUAUACAUAACUACCCUCUUCCAGUAAAAAGUUAUAGAAUCUCACAUUUAUUGUCUAUUUUUAGAUAUAUAAUGAUUUUUUUGACACUAUAAAGGUGAGUCCGUGUUAAAAAAUGUGUUACGUAAAUGUAUAAGUAUUCACGUCACGUCUAACGUUGUUUACGCAAUUUUACGGGAAAAACCUUCAAGUUUUUAAUAUUUUUUUUAAUUCACCUAAGGAAAAAUAAACAGCAAUUUUGCAGCACUGACUACUGUUUUAACAGUAGUAUUACAAGAUUUGAUUGUACUUAAACCGAAGCAGUGGCGUGCACUUGGUUUAUUAUCGUACCGCUAUACGAGAUAUAUAUCAAUUUUAGUGUAUGCAGUGCUUUUGUACAUGUAUGAAGUGCACGCCACUGAACCGAAGCAUGUCGUAAAGCUGUUAUUACAAAGCGUUCGUGUUAUAAAGAUGUAACGUUAUGGCACGUGUUUUAAGUAUGGACUCAUCUUAAGCAAUAAAUUACUAUUACAGCAUAUUUACAUAUAACUUAUUUAAUGCAAUAAUCUUGAAAAUUGAUCCAUUAUGUAGUUUACAAGAUAGACACAAAAACCUACCCGUUAACUGUAAUAUUGGUCAGUAUACGUUGUGUCACAUAAAAAGUGCGAUGACGGUUUUUCGCUUAUUAGGUGAUUACCAAAACUAUCCAAUCUAGAAGUCACAACGAACGCAAACACGAAUGUGACUGCGACAUGUUUGUCGAAUACCGUCCCUAGGCGACUCUACAAUGUCUCGACCUCAAUUUACAGGGAUAUCAUCUUGCCUUUUUCCCCAAUAAACAAAGCCUCUAGUUAUGCAAAUUCACUAUCUCGCCGUUCGAACGGUUUUGCUCUUUUUAAGUGAUACAGCCUAUACAUAAACGGUUUAAUAUAAGUGUAUCUAAAAUCGCAGAAAAGAAAACGCCUUUGCUCAACUGUGGGGGGAAAGAUUGACUACCAUAAUGUAUGUUAUAAAACUGACAUUAUUUCAAAGAAUUAUUGAGACACGUUAAUAAAUAGAAAAAUUAUAUUCUACGCAAUAUAUUAUUAUAAACCAAGAUAUAUGAUAAUUAAUUUAAACUUUGAUGCAAAUACUCCUUUUAUUUCACACGCAAAUGACGCCAAAGUUUAUUUACAUAAAUAACGAUUUUUAGUGACCGCUGUCAUGGCUCGGAAACAGUGGUGUGUGCGUAGGUACCAAAAAAUGAUUUUUUUAUUCGGAAAGCUCAUGAUUUUUAGAAGGUAAAAAUUAUUUAUUAAUUUAUUUUAAUUAUAUCUAAACACCGCUAUUAAAUUAAUGAUUUAUCUGCAACUGAAUAUAGUUGUGCUUCCUAUAUUUUUAUUAGGCUAGGCAGUGUGUUUUCGCCUACAUGACUGCACGCCACUGUAUCGGAGUAUUGAAGUCAGCUAAAAGAUGAACUGAGAUGAAAACGUAAUAUUUGGUCGGUGGAUGGCCGAUAUUAGGGAGAUGAUAAAGUAAAUUUGACAAAAAAACAUGAAAGGCAAAAAAAACUGCGUUAAAUUAUAAAUAUACCUAGUUUUAGAAGAUUAAAAGGGUUUUUUAUAAAAUUGCAGCAACAGUUUUUGAUCUUACAAUUUGGUAACUAAUGUACUGGCGCGAAUUGAAACCCGACCCGUGGAGGUUUUAUUAGUGCUGAAAGUUUAAAUAUUGUAUUUUAUCUAAGCACACAUAUAUAAAACUACUGUUUUCAAUAAAUUUGUACGAAAAAGUCAUUCGAUUCGGAUUCUACGUAUGAAUGUAAUACUUAGUUUGCAUUUUUGAACUUAAGCGCUAUUAAAACUUAUACAUUAGUUAUUUAAAUUAACAAACUUGUAAUUUGAAUAACUACUGAUGUCUUGUGUAAAUAUGUUUACAAAGGCAGAGAAAAAAUAUUACAAAGUACGAUUUAAAAAUUAGAUACAAUUAAUUUGCCUAUAGUUUGGCUAUUAUAUUAUAAGUUGAUCAGUAGCAGGAAGUUUAAACAUCGGCGAUUCUUAGUUGAUCAAAGUUAAAAUUAAAUGAAUAAAUAGAUUUGUAUAAGGGAAAAUGAAAUGUAAAUAUUUGUUUAUUAAUUUAUGUUCGUUUAUUGUAUCGCGUGAUUUGCUUUAUAAUGAAUGCUGUUCACAGUUGGUAUUAUUUCAUUAUUCGAUUUCAGUGUGUUCGGUACAAAUAUUGCAAUCGCUUUUAACUUAUUGUCUAUCAAAAAGUUUAAAAUCGAUUGAAAAACUUUACGCAAACUAAGGCUUAAAAGCAGAACACCAUUGCUCUAAUUAAAAAAAUGAUUUUAUCACAUUUAAAAAAUAUACUAAAUAUAUAAUUUAUAAGUCCUUAAGACGCCAGUCCUGGGACCCUAUUAACUGUUUUAUGAUUUGAAUGUAAUAGUCAUUUAAAUUUAUCCUGGACAAUCUAUAUGAUGUUAAGAAUAUUAAUCAGUCGUCUACUUCGAUCAAAAAUAUACUAGAUGUACAAUCGUUCACCAUCUAAUGCCUGUUUUCACUAAACUUAGGAAUCGCUUAAAUCGAAUGCCUAAUGGUUAUAACGUCUAUAGAAAAUAAACUUUACAAUACAACUCUUAGGUGAUAAGUAUUGGUCAAAGGUAGAUGAGGAAUAUCUUUAAAUUUUACCGUUAUUGUUUGCGUUACUUAUUUAUGCAUUGCUUAUUUAGUCGUUAGUGAAAAACGGGCAUGUCUUUCAUUAUUAGAUAUGUUGUGUUUAACAAUAAUGAGUAAUACUUUAACUUUUCUUUUUUCUGCAACUGGUAACAGUACCAGUCUACAACUGUUAUCCGUGACAAACACUGAUCAUCUGUCCGAGUAAAAUCUUCCCAAAUUACUUUGAUGGUUUGCCUUUUAUUAUAUGUGUAUAUAAAAAUUAAGUUAUAAUUAGAUUUCCAGAUCAAUGGUUUUCGAUUAUAUCUUACCAAAACAAUAUAGUUUCGCGGUGUUAUCAUUAAAUUUUUAGUAUGAAUUCACACAAAAAUAUCUUUUUAUUAUAGAUUUUAUCGAUAUAUGCGUUUUCGCAGAGAAAGGAAAACAGUUUGUUUGUGACGUUAUCAAAUUCAGGGAAAACAGUAUAAAAACUCACCCUAAUGCCCAUAUAGGUACCCAAAUCUUGGGAGAAAUCUUAUUUCUCUCGACGACGACCUUUUAUGACUAUUUUGUUGUAUUUCUAGUAUAUUUUUGACAGAAGAUGAUAAAACAAUGAAUGUGAUACUGUGAACAUGUACGCUGUCUAUAAAUACUGUACAAAAGAAUCCAAGAAUAUGUUUUUGGAAAAAAAACGUUUGAAUGACGAACAAAGGUUCUUUAUAAACCUUUUGUACAGUUUCUGUUGAAAAAGAUUUCAACUUGACGUUUUCCCACUAUCUGUAGUCUCAUUAAAUUGAGGAAUAUGGUGACAGUUCAGAAAGGAUAAGGUGGCAUGCGAAAACUACCCAUCGGCAUGGUAGCGACAAGAUAAAUAAGGUGAAUGAAUGAAUGAGUUAAUAUACUUUUAUUGCACACCACACAAAUUACAUAAAAAAAGGAA